CGCGCGUCGUUCUCCAAACAUCCGGUCGUCGUUGCAGCGUUUGUGUGUGAAUAUUGAAUAAAAUCCGCAUUUAAACCUAGAAUUAACGUGAAUAAACCGGUUUAAUUAGAUUUUUUGUCUGCAGGUGUGUUGUAGAGCGGGUAAACAGGGCGGUGGAGAGGUUUUAGUAUAAAUAAGAGACUGUAGUUUAGCCAGACUGAAGCGCUGAUUAAUAAUAAUAAUAUUAUUAUUAAUAUUAAUAAUAAUAAUUAUUAUUAUUAUAAUCCCGCCUGACUGCAGCUGAUUAUACUGGAUUACCUGCAAUUUAACUGCAUAAUUCUCAUCCAGCACAACUGAAGGAAACUCCUGACCAACAACAUCAGUUUACUGAGCUCCUGAAGAAGCAGAAGCUAGUUGUACCUGCGCAGUGAUGGAGGACAGCACCCACCCAGCAACCGAAUCCAAACCCUGCGCUCCGUCCCGCAGUAAGAAGCCAGACGCUCCUCUCUACGUCCCCAAGAGACGCCAGGGCGAGACGAGGGACACGCCCACCGACCCUCAGCUCAGAGACAAACACCAGACCUCAGGAGACAAGAAGACCCGGCCCAGACCCCGCUACACCGACAAGGCCCGGAAAUACAGCAGCAAGAACAAGAAGGAGAGAGCAGGAGGAGAGAAAACCCCAGCAGGAGAGGAGAAGCUCCAGAACGGAGAGGGAGGAGAACGGAGGGAGAGAGAGAGGGAGGAGGGAGAGAAAGAGAAUGAUGAAACUCUCUCCCGAAAAGAGGAGUGCAGAUCUCCAGAGGAAGCAGGAAACAGGGUCUCCUCUGAAGACGUGUCCCAGCCUGCAGAAAAAGAGGAGAAGGUGAAGAAAGAGGAGGAGGAGGAGGAGAAGAAAGAGGAGGAAGAGGAAGGAGAAGACUGGGAUUCUUUAUUUACAGAUGAAGGAGACUGUCUGGAUCCACACCUUUUAGAAGAGAUCUCUCAGAAAUCAGCUCGUGAGAAGAAGUCCAUUCAGGAGUCGCAGUUUAACUACUAUAACUGGUCUCCGGAGGACGAGGAGGUGGAGCUUCGGGAGGACGAGCUGUCGCACAUCAUCGAAAUCUACGACUUUCCCGCUGAGUUUAAAACCGAGGAUUUAGUCAGAGCCUUCAGCUCCUACCAGCAGAAAGGGUUUGAUAUAAAGUGGAUUGAUGACUCUCACGCUCUGGGAUUGUUCUCCAGUCCAAUCGCAGCGCGUGAUGCACUGAGGACGAAGAACCCCAUGCUGAAGGUUCGUCCUCUCUCCAAAUCCUCCUCAGCUACUAAAGCUAAAGCCCGCGCCUCCUCAGAUUACCUGCUCCCGGCUAAGGAGCGUCCCCAGACGAGUGCGGCUCUGGCUCGGCGUUUGGUGAUUGGAGCGCUGGGGGUGAAAAGUGCUCAGAGCCGAGAACAGAGAGAGGCAGAGAAGGAUCAGCUACGGCAAGCCAGAGAGCAAAAACGAUUGGCAGCGAAGCAGCGAGAAGAUGCGUGGGAGGGGAAGUGAAGCUGAUAGAGCUGUGUGUGUGUGUGUGUGUGUGUGUGUGAGAGAUAGAGAGAGUGUGAUGUUCUCCAUGCAGACACUCUGAGAGACGAGUCUUCAGCUGCCUUGUUUUUUGUUCAUUUUGAUUCAGUUUUCUGUCUCCACCAGUCCAGUUUAUGGGAUUAGGGGCGGGACAAUGUAUUGAUAUUGCGAUAUAUUGUAUCGAUUUGGUUUUAAUUUGUGAAACAUUAUUAUCGAUACAUAGGAGCUCUAAACUCCUUAAAACAUGCCCCCAAUUAGACUUACUAAAGUUACAGCUUCAUUAUGGACAACUUUAUGCCCCUAUCACUAGUGUUGUAAGCAUGUUAGGUAAAUGCUGGGGGUAAAUGGAGCUGGGCUGUUAGACAAAAAUUCAUACUUAUCGUAUUUUACUACAACCCUAAAAAGUCCAUUUCACACUAAAGUUCUCCUUUAAGAAGAUCUAUACUUAAAAAUACUGUUCACACUUAUCCAGAUAUUUAAAAAAAAUAAUUUAUCUGAAUUUUGGCCUCCCAUCUGUGGAAAAACACAAUUUUCUAUAAGUCUGAAAGUUUGAAAAGCGAAGAUUAGCCAAAGCUUUUCUUUGUUUUCUUGUGUACCUAAUUAAAUGAUGCACAAUUGCAUCUUAAAUACCUCUGUGUUUGUGAAAUUGUGAAAAAAAAAACAUCUGGAUGAGGCUUUAAAUAGAGGAACUUUUUAAAAAUAAUUAGUUUAUUUUUCCAUUUAGUAUAGUAAAGAUUUUUUUUUCCAUUUUGUUUUACAUUUCUGCAUCUCACAAUCAUAAUUUAAAGCAAAAUAUUUUUUUUCCACAUUUUUCCACUUUUUAAAAAAUCUGGAUACAUGUGGAUGAGGCUUUAAAUAUAGGAACUUUGUAAAAUAAUUAGUUUAUUUUUAGUAUAGUAAAGAUUUUUUUCUGUUUUUUUUUUUGUUGUUUUUUCCCCCCACAUUUCUGCAUCCCGCAAUCGUAAUUGCAGGCAAUAUAAAAAAAAAAAAUCUGAUUUUUCCACUUUUUUAACAUAUGACAGUUGGCUCUGUGAUAUCAGAGUUUUGUUGCAAGUUGCAAAAAGUAAAUUUGUUUCCUAAAAUUUAGUUAAAAAUUAAAUAAAAAAAAAAAAUAGCUAGAAAUUUGGGGAAAUAGAUGAAAAACAUCUUUACUAUACUAAAUGGAUAAAACUGAAUAAAAAUGAAGCAGAAACAGUCAGAAAACUGGAUUAAUAAACAUUAUGCUGACCCUGCAUUUGCUAUCAGUGUAAAAACAAGAUUGAGAAGGCAUCCUCAUGGCCAGAACACAAAACAAGAGAUAACUGCCGUCCAGCAGCCAUUAGAAAGAGAUUAGUGAACGAUGUCACUUCCUGUCGUCGUCUGUGUCUUUAGGAACAGGCUUUUUAAAAAUAGUUUUGGGUUUAUGUAAACACUGCCGUUUUAACAGAAAACAGAGUUGCAGCUUUAAAUUCGGCUAAUUGCAAUAUUAAAAGUUUUUUAGUUGUUUUUGAAGAACCAAAUAAGAAUCUGUUCUGUUCAGAGACUCGUUCUGUUAGUUUAGUUCAGAACUGCUGUAAAAAAAAAACGCUCUUAACUGUGAUUUAAAAUAAAACCCUUUCUACCGGUU